GGAUACACUGCCAAAGGAGGACUUAGGGGCGAGGAGAGAAGUGUUUCUUUUCUUCCCUGGUGUGUUUUCUUUUCUCUUCCGCCUGGCUUCCCCCUCAUGAGCUGUUAAUUCCAGCCCCAGUUACAGAGGAUGAGGAGGAUCUAUUUGUGAGGAAGGGCGCAACAAAGGAAGAGGGGAAACAAGGAGCAACAGGGUGGUACAUUUAGCCGAAGAGACCCGUCCCUAUCCUCCAGGCUCGAGCAAAGGAGUCCAGACUCCCAGCGGCAGCAGCCAUGUGAGAGGAGCUGUCAACAAGCAAAAGAUGCCCAAGCCCAGCUAAAGCAGAGCAGCCCCCACCCCCCCCAUCCAUCCCUCCUGCUCCUUCCCUUCUUCCCACAUGAGGACGAGAAGAUGACUAUCACCAGCCGGCAGUCCUUUAAUGUCCUGACGGUCAUCUUCCUCCUGCUGUCCACUGCAGCCCUCUCAGCUCAUUACCGAGUGUGUGAACCGUACUCCGACCACAAGGGGCGAUACCACUUCGGCUUUCACUGCCCACGCCUCUCGGACAACAACAAGACCUACAUGUUCUGCUGCUACCACAACCACACCGAAUUCAAAUACUGCUGCAACGAGGCCGAGUUCCAGAUGAUCAUGCAGGUCAACCUCACCACCACCACAGCUGGUUACGCACACAAUAAUUAUACAGCCCUGGUCGGUGUGUGGAUCUAUGGCUUCUUCGUGAUCGUGCUGCUGGCGCUGGACUUUCUCUACUACUCUGCCAUAAACUAUGAGCUGUGCCGGGUUUACCUGGAGAAAUGGGGUCUGGGAGGACGAUGGCUGAAGAAGGCUCGCAGUCAGUGGAACAAGUCCAUGCCGGAGGAGAGUGAGACCCCGGCUCAAGCCCCGCCCAUGGUCUCCAGCCACUACCAGCCCAGAAACAGCCUGAGAGGGGAGAGCCACAGCCCCACACUCCUGCCCUACAACACCUCCACCGCAUGAACGAUGCUGCAUGUGAAGUGGACACACUGAAGAGUAGCAACACCUUGUUUCGUUACGUGGUACAGAGGAGACGCCCCACAGAUGCACCCUCUCUGGACCACAGACUCAAACACCAGUGGUUGGUUAGCCAUAUGUAGUAGUGAGAAGUGACUGCUGCCCUUUUCUAAUGAGCACAAAACCCCCUUGGACUGACAGACUGAUAUGGCAGUUAGAAACUCAGCUGAACAAAUGCUGCCGGAGACACAGAGGAACGUACCGCUGCUGCCAUGGCGAGGAGCGACACAUUGAAAAGCUCACAGGUGUUCGGUGAUCCCCUGAAAAGGCUGCCAAAGCCUGGAGCAGCUCCGACAGAUCCGAGCCGAACUGGAUAAACUGUACCCACAAGAAGCAAGGAGCUCAUCUUUCUAAAUAUAACAUGUUUAUUACACUGCUGUGUCAGUUUGUGUUCAGUAGCAGUUAGACACGGUUGUGGGGUUAUCUAUUUGGUGAUUUAUUUAUGUGAACUAGUCAGAGACAUAUAUGAGUGGUUGACAUUCGGGAACAUGUAACAGCUUAGGUUGAUGCUGAGCAUCUCACUUAGAGUAGAGUGUUUUUGUUACUUACUGAAAACAGACACAAAAUGUCUCUGCAGCCAUGUUGAAAAACAAUAUCUUGUACGAAAUAUUUUAGUCUCCUUUCUGCAAAACAAGUGUUUUCUCUAUAUUGUAACGUGUCUGACAAGGACACAAGGCCAUACAGAUAAACUGUUGUAGAUCUAAAGGUUUUACAUUAGGUCAUCAAUAUUUCUCUUUUUUCGGUUUAGUGAUGCUGAGGAAAGGGAUCUCCACUCUCAAAAAGUUACUCAUCCAAAACAUUAUUGAGGAUCAGGGAUGCCUUUACAACAGCAAAGAGCUUCAUGCUAAGUUAAACAUUAAUCUUUGGCUAUGAGCCUACAGACCCAUUUGAGAGCAUUCCUUCUAAAGUUAGUGUGAAACAGUAGCCUCUGGAAACUCAUCCAUUGACUUGUUUGCCCUUCCUCAUUACCGGAGCUGACUGAAAAACAGCUCCAUUAGCAAUAUGAAGUAAAUGAAUAUCCAUUUGGUUCCAUUAUAAGCAGGGCUCUUUAUCUCACACUGGUAAGAGACAAUUGCAAGCGAUAAGCCACAAUAAAAAUGUAAAAAACCAUUAAAACCCCCUUUCACUGUCAGCAAUAAUGUACAGUAGCUUAAUCAGAAGGAUGACAUGGUGUGUUAAAGUCAGAGGCGCCUGUCCAAAUGUGCGCUAGGUAAUCAUUGAGGUGUAUCGCACGAGCUUUCAGGAGGAUUUUCAUUUAAUAAGGACUCAAUGAAAUGGACAUACAGUAUUUCAGGAUAAUGAACUCAUAUCAAAAAAAGGUCUCCAACUUUUUCUCUCUUGACUUUAUAAAAAAGGUUAAAAAAAAUCAUUAUUUCCAAGAAAUACUUUUACAUUAGAGCUGAACUUCUUAGAAAAUAACAACAACAGCCCGAGACAAGGUCCAAAUUCCCAAUAAUUUGUAGUUAUAUUAUCUGAUAUUAUUGAAUAAAGAUGAUACUCCUUUCCGUAUAUAAAUCACUGUUACUUGAUUAUUUACAAUUGUCUAAUUGCAAUUUUUUUCUAGGGGCCGCAACUUAAGGUGAAUAAUUACUGAAGUCAGGCAAUUAUUAUUUUCUCAAUUAAUUAAUACAUGAUAUGGUCUAUGAAGUGUUCCAAAAUAGUGAAAAAUCCUUUAAACAAUUUAGAGAGAGAGAGAGCUUAAAAUAACUUGUUUUGUACAACCAACAUUUUAAAGAUAUUCAAUACAUUUUAUAGGAGACAAAGAAAAGCAGCAAAUCCUUUCUGAGAUGAUGAAACUAAGGACCUGUUUUGCAAACAUCAACCAAUUGAUCAAGAAAAUCCAGUUAGCUGAACAAUAGAUAAAUUGACUAGUAAUUUCAGUUCAGUGAUUUCCUCGUGCUCAAAUAACUACUGAGAUAAAUGAUCUGUAAUCAGAUAGGUCUACUAGACAAAGCAGCUGUGGGUGCCAGACUGUAUAUGAGCGGCAGCAUGUGAAGAGCAGGUGGACAGACGGUACGUCGGGACAAGGUGUCGGUCCCAAUCUUGCAUCUGCAACUGGCAGCUGCUGAGCCUUUAUGUCAUAUGAAUAUGAAAUGUCCUCGCUGAAACAGGAGACGCCGUUAAUAGUUAAGAGUGGGCCAUAAGCCAAACAUGAGACUUGGGGUCUUGCCAUCAUAUUUGUCCUUUCUAUGUUUCAUGAACCCUCUGAACAGAACUCUGGUCAUGGGCCUCAUCCCCAGUUAUCAGCAAUAAUGUUCACAUUUGCCGAGUUGUUAAAGCAAGUUCAUUCACAUUCAAAUGACUAAAGUUUAAUUGCGUGUGCGCCCCAGCAGACUUGUGCUUUCAGGGGCAAAGAAGUAGGAUGUGUCCAUGUGAAAUAAUUGGCCCAGGGAUCAGCAGUUAUAUAUUAAACGCUCUUGCUCUCUGUAGCUGCCUCCUUAUUCCCAGUGUGUGAACAGAAGAGGCAAACAGGGAGCCCUUAUGCUGGAUAAGUGGGGGAAAUGUAACGCAAUGUAAUGUAUCUAGAGUAUAUAGAGUAUGUAAUGGUUUUCAGGGUUUACUGAUCUACAAUAAAAGGCAAAGAUGGUGUUUCCUUAUCCUAAAUAAAGUUUAGUCACACGCAGGGAAGAAAAACAACUUCAUUUUGCCUCUGACGAGCAGUAGCAGGGUCCGAAAAUUGAUGAUUUCCCGUAUUUCUUAAAAUGUUAAAAAUUGUGAUGUUUCCUGUUUUGUUUAAAAACAGUCUUGACUCUGGCCUGGUUUGUGAUGAUGUGGUACUGUAAAUCAUAUCAGCUCAAACAUCUUCCCAAAUAAACAUAAAACAAUAUAUUAAAAAAAUAAAAUAAGGAUGGGAAGAAGAGAGCACACUCGUGUUUCAGUCUCUCCAGGUGGUCUGGUAACAGUUGCCUUACAGUUGAAUUCCCACCUGUACACAAAAGCUUUGUAGUGGUUGAUACCUCACUUUUUGGGUGUGGUGGUGGUGAUGAUGAUGUGCACCACGUUCUGUCUAUGUAUUUAGAUAGAAUGAUCAGUACCGUUUUCAGUUGGAUUGUUAUUGCACUUGUUGACUUUGUAUUGUCACGACAGGGAGAAAUAAAGUUUUAUCUUUUCCAGUGUGUUUAAAUCCCUGUGUCAGGUGCUCUUUCCAGAAAUGAAAUACUUAUUUCUUUCGUUAUGAAGGUCAGAAACCAACGAAGCUGAGUAAAAGAGAAGUCCAAAGUAAACAAAGACGGUUAGAAAGACAUAACUAUUUAUGUUGUCCUUUACACACAAUCAUUUAAAAGUAUAUCAAUAACUCAUACAUUUUUUAUUAAAAUAAAGAGUGACCAUUUAGUAAGUAAGAGCAAUGAAAAUUGUAUUUGUUUUUUAUCUUGAUUGAACUGAUAACAAAUCUAAAUAAACCAAUUUGGUUUUUUUUAAAUGGAGUGGAUCAAUCGACAAAAACUACUCAUAUUGUGUGUCCUUUCAUGUUGUCCUUCACCCCCAAUGAAUUGACUAAAUAAUUAAACAUUACUCUUAUUUGU